AAGGAUUCGCAACAAGUUUUUUGAAAUAAAUUUGACCGAGCUUCUCUCUUUUGGCAAAGAAUUCGGGCUAACCGAUUUCAUCAGCAUCGAUUGAAAAAAAUAUUCUUCAUACUUUUAUAUUUUCAUUGCAACAGAAAAGCUUUUCUACUCACUUUGGGUUCAAUACAGGAGCAAAAGAUGAUGCUUCACAUUGUCAUGCUGGCAUUUUAUGGCAUCAAUUCUUGUGAUGCAACAACCAAUAAGAACACAGCAUGUGAAGCCCACUUGAACACGUCCUGGGAUGGAAACAGUACAUGUGCUCAUUCACGUGACUCAGAAUGCAACGUCCACGUGACCUGUGGUUUGAAAACAAUAACUCAGCUUGUCAACCUCAUUUCAUCGCCUGAAGCGGUAUCCAGAUUAGAUAUCUCAAAGAACAGCCUUGUCGAGAUAAAAGAGCACAUGUUCUUGGAGUAUAAAAAUCUAGUUGCCCUGGACUUGUCCUACAACAGCAUACAAGUAAUACAAAGGAAAGCAUUCAAUGGACUAAUGAAACUCAAGACACUAGAUUUAAGUUUCAACUUGCUGCACGAGUGGGACACACUAGACAUCACAAAGCAACUGCCAUCCUUAACAGAACUCAACAUCACAGGAAAUCCCUUCUGGUCGCCAGGACAACACAUCCGGGACCUUCCAAACAUCUCAUACAUUAGUGGUAUCGUGACCUAUGCAUUACCAUAUGAGAACAAGAACUGUGUUCUUUGUGAGUUACAAAAACACGCCGACAUGAAGAAUAGAAUAAGCAAGGUUAAUUUGGUUACUGUAGAUGGCCUCCACUGCUUUGAACUGCUUAUUGAUUUUGGCGCCAAUUUCUCCGCUGUUUGGCAUUCAAACUUUUCCAUCACCUGUGCGUACAGAUACGACCUUUGCAAGUCGCCUCCUUUCACUAAACCACCUUCAAACAUCUCUGUUGAAUUUAUUGACGGCUGUUUCCUAGGAAUUAGGACGUGGGGAUUACCCAACAUUCCAAUCGGUAUUGCUACGAUGAUGGUAAACUUUGUCGUUAUGGCUACUGUUGCCUUGACACCCAGCCUGUUCAAGAAAGCUAACAUGGUUUUAAUGGCUAGCAUGGGGUUGGGGGAUUUUCUGCAAGGAUUGUGGUUGCUUAUUCUCACCAUCGUCCGAAUUUCCAUGUCAAGUUUGGAGUUUUUCGACAAGAAGAUGCCUUAUCUCUGCUACAGUCUAUUUGCAUUGUUAGUGACCGCACAAUCUCUUAGUGCCUUUGUUAGUUUUAUUGUCACGAUUGAACGGUAUCUUUGUAUCGUCUACAGUACUAAACCCAAUGUACGAAUCACUCGUAAAAUCGCUAUAGCUCUCCUAGUAUUGGUAGGGCUGCUUAUCUUAGGUGUUAAUGUAACACCAGUCGCUCUACAGAUGACCUCUCCGUUUACCGAUUACUCAUGUCUAAACCUUCAUGUCCCGAAUAAACCAUUCUUUUUAGAAUCCAUCGCUUAUGUCUCCGUAAUAUCUUACGUUGUAUCUUACAUUCUUUAUGCUCGGAUUUUUUGGACUGUGCGAAGAUCAAGCCUCAAUGUCGGCAUCCAAAGAGAAGGAAAGCUUGCCAAGCGAAUCAUUACUGUCAUAACUACGAAUCUUCUGUUUCUCUUGGGUCCCAUGAUAGCUGGGCAGCUCCUUGUGACAUUGUACGAUUUAAGAUGGAAAACAAAGAUUAUAUGCUGGAAUGCAGUUUUACUUUGGUUUCUUGGUAUCAACUCUUUCUUCAACCCACUGCUUUACGCCUUUCGUUUCGAGAGAUUCAGACGUUCACUCAAACUGCUGAUGAAAGGAAGGCCUAAUGAAGUUGGUGUAGUUCCAAGCAACAACUGA